UGGUGUUUUGUAUGCAGAAACUGAAAAUUAUGAAAAAAGUGAAAGCAACUUUAAAGAAGCUCUAGAAAUGCGAAAAAAAUUGUUAGGGCCAGAUCAUGUUGAUGUCGCGGAUCUUUUAUACAAUCUUGGUAUUUUAUAUAAAAAUUGUGGAAAAUAUGAAGAUAGUGAAAGCUACUAUAAAGAAGCUGUGGAAAUGCGAAAAAAAUUGCUAGGGCCAGAUCAUGUUGAUGUCGCGGAUCUUUUAUACAAUCUUGGUAUUUUAUAUAAAAAUUGUGGAAAAUACGAAGAAGGUGAAAACUACUAUAAAGAAGCUCUAGAAUUAAGAAAAAAGUUGUUAGGGCCAGAUCAUCUUGAUGUCGCUAAUUCUUUAAAUAAUCUUGGUUCAUUGUAUCUUGAAACUGGUGAAUAUGAAAAAAGUGAAAACUACUAUAAAGAAGCUCUUGAAAUGCGAAAAAAAUUGUUAGGGCCAGAUCAUGUUGAUGUCGCGGAUCUUUUAUACAAUCUUGGUAUUUUAUAUAAAAAUUGUGGAAAAUACGAAGAAAGUGAAAACUACUAUAAAGAAGCUCUAGAAUUAAGAAAAAAGUUGUUAGGGCCAGAUCAUCUUGAUGUCGCUAAUUCUUUAAAUAAUCUUGGUUCAUUGUAUCUUGAAACUGGUGAAUAUGAAAAAAGUGAAAGCUACUAUAAAGAAGCUCUGGAAAUGCGAAAAAAAUUGUUAGGGCCAGAUCAUGUUGAUGUCGCGGAUCUUUUAUACAAUCUUGGUAUUUUAUAUAAAAAUUGUGGAAAAUACGAAGAAGGUGAAAACUACUAUAAAGAAGCUCUAGAAUUAAGAAAAAAGUUGUUAGGGCCAGAUCAUCUUGAUGUCGCUAAUUCUUUAAAUAAUCUUGGUUCAUUGUAUCUUGAAACUGGUGAAUAUGAAAAAAGUGAAAACUACUAUAAAGAAGCUCUUGAAAUGCAAAAAAAAUUGUUAGGGCCAGAUCAUGUUGAUGUCGCGGAUCUUUUAUACAAUUUUGGUAUUUUAUAUAAAAAUUGUGGAAAAUAUGAAGAAAGUGAAAGCUACUAUAAAGAAGCUCUGGAAAUGCAAAAAAAGUUACUUGGGCCAGAUCAUGUUGAUGUCGCGAAUUCUUUACACGGUCUUGGUAUUUUAUAUGAAAAUUGUGGAAAAUAUGAAAAAAGUGAAAGCUACUAUAAAGAAGCUCUGGAAUUAAGAAAAAAGUUAUUAGGGCCAGAUCAUGUUGAUGUCGCUAAUUCUUUAAAUAAUCUUGGUUCAUUGUAUCUUGAAACUGGUGAAUAUGAAAAAAGUGAAAACUACUAUAAAGAAGCUCUGGAAAUGCGAAAAAAAUUGUUAGGGCCAGAUCAUGUUGAUGUCGCGGAUCUUUUAUACAAUCUUGGUAUUUUAUAUAAAAAUUGUGGAAAAUACGAAGAAAGUGAAAGCUACUAUAAAGAAGCUCUGGAAAUGCAAAAAAAGUUAUUAGGGCCAAAUCAUGUUGAAGUCGCGGAUUCUUUACACAAUCUUGGUCUUUUGUAUUAUAAUCGUGGAAAAUAUGAGAAAAGUGACAACUACUAUAAAGAAGCUCUGGAAUUAAGAAAAAAGUUAUUAGGGCCAGAUCAUGUUGAUGUCGCUAAUUCUUUAAAUAAUCUUGGUUCAUUGUAUCUUGAAACUGGUGAAUAUGAAAAAAGUGAAAACUACCAUAAAGAAGCUCUGGAAAUGCGAAAAAGAUUGUUAGGGCCGGAUCAUGUUAAAGUUGCUGAUUCUUUAAGCAAUCUUGGUAUUUUAUAUGGAAAUUGUGGAAACAAUGAAAAAUGGGAAAACUACUGUAAAGAAGCACUGGAAAUGCAAAAAAAGUUAUUAGGGCCAGAUCAUGUUAAAGUCGCGGAUUCUUUAAACAAUCUUGGUAUUUUAUAUGGAAAUUGUGGAAAAUAUGAAAAAAGUAAAAACUACCAUAAAGAAGCUCUGGAAAUGCGAAAAAAGUUAUUAGGGCCAGAUCAUGUUGAUGUUGUUGUUUCUUUAAAGAAUCUUCAUGUGUUACAUAAAAAAUUUAAAAAGUGUAGAGAAAAAGACUCCACAAAUUUCAAAGUUUGUAUUAUCUUCUGAAUAUGCUUAGCACAAAAGCAUUAUAUUGGCUGUUUACAAAACCACCAAGACAAUGUAAAUAUUAAAUAUGUAAUAUUUAUUAUUUCUGAAAAUAUAAGACUUUAUGUAAACCUACAUUGCUUUUAAUAAAAUUUGUUUUUCAUUGUGA